UUUGGAGUGGAAACGUGUAAUAGGGGAAAAAGCAGGGAUCUCGGCGGUUUGAGCGAGCCGUGCAUCCAGGAGCCAAAAAAGAUUAACACCCCUCCGCGCCCCUCCGCGCAGCUCCCGCGCCUCUCCGGGCACCGCCGCGGCUCCGCGAUGGCCCGCCGGACAUCGAGCGAAAGGGAUUCGUCUGGAGGGCACUUUCGGAUCGGGGGAGAUCUAUUGGAUUAGUGGGAUUAUCUGCCUGCAGACGGAGAGAAGUAGCGUUUGAUCAUUUCCAUUGCCUGCCUGAUGGUCGGAUUUACAUGGAGGUGGCUCGGCACGGAUGAGGCUGGAUUCCGGAUGGGGAUUUCCAGCCCUCCCUCCCCGCGCCCCGAUCCCAGGAAAGGGCAGAAAAAUAUAUAAAAAUCGGUAUAAUUGGGAAGUGUCCGGCGCGCUACUGGGAGCCCUCCUGCUCCCAGCGGCUGGGAGAGCCGGAGGAGGCGAAUCCAGUGGAUUACAGCUUCGGCUGCGAUUGCGGGAAAGCGGCCGUGAACUGGAUACAGACCUGCGGCUAACUGGAUUUGAUUUAUAAGAGGGGAUUCUGCAGUAAAUGGCUGCUCUCUUCAUAUUGCUGCUAUGGAAAACAGAAUUGUCAAUAGGAUGUAGUCUGAUAAAUAGUGCUGAGUGAAGAUGCAGCUUCAAUAAGUGUGAAAUCAAUGGAAGAUACUUACCGCAUGAAAAGCCUUUUGAGAUUUUUCUGACAGGCGCCUAUUUAGGAAACUUGAUCUGUUUCCUCCGGUCGUCCUGUUUUUACACCAGUGGAUACAAAUCAGAUUGCUUCACCGUAGUCACACAACUAAUGUGGGACCAUGGCCUUUCCAAGAUCCGUGUGGCUGAACUGUGUAUGGAGAGCGACGGUGCUCCGCCUGCUGCACACGGGAUUGAAUGCCACUUUUGCUUUUUCCAUACUUGGAUUUUUGCUCCACGCUGCAGCUGUGUCCUCCCAAAAAUUGGAUGAUACCAACCCAGUGGUGACCACCAACUUUGGCAAGAUAAGAGGGAUUAAGAAGGAACUUAACAAUGAAAUUUUGGGGCCCGUUAUUCAGUUUCUUGGGGUUCCAUACGCUGCCCCUCCAACAGGGGAGCGCCGCUUUCAACCUCCUGAGCCUCCAUCUCCCUGGGCAGACAUCAAAAACACCACCCAGUUUGCUCCAGUAUGUCCCCAGAACAUUAUAGAGGGCAGGCUGCCUGAAGUCAUGCUUCCCGUGUGGUUUACUAAUAACUUGGAUGUAGUUUCAACCUAUGUGCAAGAUCAGAACGAAGACUGCCUCUAUUUAAAUAUCUAUGUCCCAACCGAGGAUGGUCCCCUUACAAAGAAACAGACAGAUGAUUUAGGUGAUAAUGACGGUGCUGAAGAUGAAGACAUUCGGGACAGUGGGGGACCUAAGCCUGUCAUGGUGUAUAUUCACGGAGGGUCCUACAUGGAAGGCACUGGAAAUUUAUAUGAUGGCAGUGUUCUAGCAAGUUAUGGGAAUGUGAUAGUCAUCACAGUCAACUAUCGCCUUGGGGUGCUUGGAUUUCUGAGCACUGGGGACCAAGCAGCAAAAGGAAACUAUGGCCUCCUUGAUCUAAUUCAAGCUUUGCGAUGGACUAGUGAAAAUAUUGGGUUCUUUGGUGGUGACCCAUUAAGAAUAACUGUUUUUGGAUCUGGGGCAGGCGGUUCGUGCGUCAAUCUGUUGACUUUAUCCCAUUAUUCUGAAGGUAACCGUUGGAGCAAUUCAACCAAAGGACUUUUUCAAAGAGCAAUAGCUCAAAGUGGAACAGCUCUCUCCAGCUGGGCAGUUAGCUUUCAGCCUGCAAAAUAUGCCAGGAUGUUGGCUACAAAAGUUGGUUGCAACAUGUCAGACACUGUAGAACUGGUGGAAUGUCUACAGAAGAAGCCUUACAGAGAACUUGUGGACCAGGACAUCCAACCAGCAAGAUACCACAUAGCCUUUGGACCAGUGAUCGACGGCGACGUGAUACCAGACGACCCUCAGAUCCUGAUGGAGCAGGGAGAGUUCCUCAACUAUGACAUCAUGCUGGGAGUUAACCAAGGGGAAGGGCUGAAGUUUGUUGAAAACAUUGUGGAUAGCGAAGAUGGCAUAUCAGCCAGUGAUUUUGACUUUGCGGUUUCUAAUUUCGUCGAUAACUUAUACGGAUACCCCGAAGGCAAAGAUAUAUUGAGAGAAACAAUUAAAUUUAUGUACACAGACUGGGCAGACCGGCACAACCCUGAGACCAGAAGGAAAACGCUGCUGGCUUUGUUCACUGAUCACCAGUGGGUUGCACCAGCAGUGGCCACAGCAGAUCUUCACUCGAAUUUUGGAUCGCCUACGUACUUCUAUGCCUUCUACCAUCAUUGCCAGACAGAUCAGGUACCUGCAUGGGCAGAUGCAGCCCAUGGAGAUGAGGUUCCUUACGUACUAGGAAUCCCCAUGAUUGGUCCUACUGAGUUAUUUCCUUGUAAUUUCUCCAAAAAUGAUGUCAUGCUAAGUGCAGUGGUGAUGACGUACUGGACAAACUUUGCAAAGACUGGUGACCCAAAUCAACCAGUGCCGCAAGACACAAAAUUCAUCCACACAAAACCAAAUCGUUUUGAAGAAGUAGCAUGGACCAGAUAUUCUCAGAAAGACCAACUGUAUCUUCACAUUGGAUUAAAACCACGAGUUAAAGAACACUAUAGGGCCAAUAAAGUGAACCUUUGGUUGGAACUGGUACCUCAUCUGCACAAUCUUAACGACAUUUCACAGUAUACCUCUACCACAACUAAAGUGCCAUCGACUGAUAAUACUUUCAGACCCACAAGGAAAAAUUCUGUUUCAGUUACUUCAGCCUUUCCUACAGCCAAACAAGACGAUCCCAAACAGCAGCCAAGCCCAUUUUCAGUGGAUCAAAGGGACUACUCAACAGAGUUGAGCGUUACUAUUGCAGUUGGCGCAUCUUUGCUGUUCCUGAACAUUUUGGCCUUUGCAGCAUUGUACUACAAAAAGGACAAGAGGAGACAUGAUGUCCACAGGAGAUGUAGCCCACAACGUACCACUACCAAUGAUCUCACCCAUGCACAAGAAGAGGAGAUAAUGUCCCUCCAAAUGAAGCACACUGACUUGGAUCAUGAAUGUGAGUCCAUCCAUCCACAUGAGGUGGUUCUUAGGACCGCCUGUCCCCCAGACUACACGCUAGCUAUGAGAAGGUCUCCUGAUGAUAUCCCCUUAAUGACACCCAACACCAUCACAAUGAUCCCCAACACUAUACCAGGGAUUCAGCCCCUACACACAUUCAACACAUUUACUGGAGGACAGAACAACACUCUGCCCCAUCCUCAUCCCCACCCCCAUUCACACUCAACAACCAGGGUAUAGCCAGACAAGACAAAACAAACUUUUAUUUUUUGAUGGAUUGAAGUAGGUGAUAUUACUGAAGAUUACUUGGCUUUCAACCUACAAGACUCUUACUAUUUAAAUAUGGAGGAAUAUUAUGUGAAUAUACAUAUCAAGAACAUUUGGGGUUUUGAAAAAAAUGAAUUGUACAUAUAUCAAAUGAACUUAAGAAACAAACAAAACAAAAGAAAAAAAGAAACAAAAAACAAAAAACCCAACUGUUUGCAAUUGCUUGAAGCAGUUGUCCUGAAUGAUACUUUUUCAUUCACAUUCAAGUAUUAAUUUUUUGAAGAUUUAAGUUACAUAAUGGAAUUAGGCAUGUGCAACACAAACAGGAAAGAACUAUGACUGAAAAUUUUAAAAACCUAUAAAUAUGCACAAGGGACACACUAAUGGAAUGUCAGAUAAUUUUCACCAAUUUUUAUUUGGACCUGUUUUCUUGUGUAGACCAUAUUUACAUAUUUGAAUAAGUACACAAAGCACCAAUGCUGUUAAGGCCUUAGAAAGGGGCUCAUGCUGAAAUCUGCCAGUCAGAGAAGUUUUACAGCCUGGCAGGUACAACAUUAUCACAUAAGUGCUGUCAGUAUAAAAGUUGUGGGAAUAAAGGAAACUGGAUAUUUUUAGCACGAUGUGCAUGAUAAUUUAUAUGCUUGGUGGCUGUGCUGCUGAUUAAGCCGUAAUUAAAAUUCUUCUCAUCCCAUUGGAGUUUUUAAUAGAAGCUUUCUCCAUCAAUUGGCACAACCUAAAGAAGUUUUCUAAAGGGGCAAAAGUAAUUACAGUAAAAUAUUUCAUGGUAGCUUCCAAAAAAGAAGGGAUUGCAACAGUUCUUAAAGGUAUUUAUGGCAUUCUAGGUAUACAGUGGUGGACCCUCACUGAUAUGAAUCCCAGACAAAAAAAUGUAUACUAUUAAUGUUCUUUUUCCUUUCCACCUAAAUAAUUUCUGACUUUGAAAUAACUAUAACUUUAAUGGAAUCUCCUUUGAUGAAGGAUUUAUAAUUUGCUGUGAUUUAGUUACAGAGUAUUUUGUUCAAAUUGAUGAGAUAAUGUGUGUCCAAAAAUUUAAUUGCAAUGACAUUUUGCCAUUUAAAAUUGCCCCAAUAUUACCACUCUGAUUACACCUUUCAGUUUAUUGUUUCAACUCAUGUUGCAUGUUACAAAGUUUACUUAUAAUACUUUAAUAUAAUGUUAAUUCCCUUUUUGCUAUACAUUAGCUUUGUCAUUCCAAUUAAUUAUCUAGACCAGAUGGCAAGAGUGUAGAAAAAGAGGAUAUAUGAGAACGGGGAGAGAGCCAACAGCUGGAAAUUUAAAAAUCUGGAUACUACAUAUGUUUGUGUGAUUUGAAGUGAAUGUUCUAAAAUCACAAGAAAUUUUUCAUUCCCCUGUUGCUUUCCAGUAAUUCUAUACCAUGGUCCUUUCAAAACGUUUGUAUAUGUAAUCAGAUGUACAUUUAUAUAAAAGAAAUAAUUGAGAUGGACUUAAGAGCACAUCCCUGAUAAAUACUUUCUCUCUUACCUGUACUAUAUUUCUAUUAGACUAAAGUUAUGUGAUUUUUUUUUACAUUUUUUCAAAUUACUAGCAAUUUUGAUAGUUUGUAAGAUAAUGCGAAGAACUUUCUCUGACAAACUAACUGCAGUAACAGAAACAUUUCUUUUCAGUUACUCUUUUUCAAGAAUGAAAGCUUAUUACACACAAAAAUUGUAUACUACUUGAUGGAAAAUUACUUUGUAUUUCUUGGCCAUAUUACUGGUCACCGAGUGAAAUAAAGAUAAUCUGGAUAACGAA